AUGAUGGGAAUAAAAUCCAGACAUCUAUACGACCGUUUGACUAAAAUAGUUAUCGAUAAAGAUCUAAGCGCGUUUAACGAAAUAUCGCCUUCGCAAUUGAUCCCACAGCUAUCUGAACAUUUCAGCAUAACGAUACCGAAGGAGAUCUUCAAUUAUAACGAGGACCAAGAGGAAGACCUUUUACACAGAUUGAAAGAGCUAUCGAGGUACCUUGUUGUGAAAUUUGCAAAAAGAGAUAAGUAUCCGUUCACGAUUCAACGGAUAUGCGAAUUAUCUUACCAUCCAUUACAAUAUUUCCCUGUGCACAGUUUGCAAAAGUUUGUGUCGGCCAUGGAGAAAUGUUGCUUGGUGAAUACUGAUUGGACACCCAGGCUGGGCAAAGAGUGUCCAAACACAAACCCAAUGGAAGAUGUUUCUCUGAUACCUAUUGAGUGGAUCCGCACGAAUAAAGAAGAUGAGAAGUCUUUGCAGGCGUUUAUUUCGAAGAUUGAAACUAUAGUGGCUGUAAAUUUUGGUUAUGAUGACUUCGACGACGACAAUGAAGAUGGUACAGAUCAUGACAUCGGUCGUGGAUAUGAUAACCAUGGCGAUGUGCUCAUCGAGGAAUACGAGGAAAUGGAUGAAGAAUUCGAAGAUGAGGACUAUGAGGAUCACGAAGAUGAAGAAGAAGAUGAAGAAGACGAAGACAACGACAGUGACGUCGACGAAAUGGAAGCAGAAGAGGUGGAAGAGGAUGCAAGUGACGACAUCUCUAUAGGCGAGAUAGCAGAAAAUGAUGACCAAGAUAAUGCACAUACAGAUGUUACGGACACUCAGCUUAAGUACAAUGGCGUUCCUAUCGAAGAAGAGCUUCGAUUAUCUUCAACAAGUAGCGUUUUAUCCGUCAGUUCACACGCGGCCAAUGAAGAUGAAAAUGAAAGCAUUCUUUCGAGGAAAAGAAAUGUCACCGAGUUGGAUGAUUAUCAGUACAAAGAAACCAAGGAGAAUGAUGGCUUCAUAACAACUCCAAAGAAAAGUAAAAUGCCCUUGAACGAGUUUGGAUCAUCGUCAUCUAUGGUAUCCCCCGUAGUAUCUAAUCAGGAGGAUCCAUCCAGAAACGAUGAUUCAAGGAUAAAUACAUUCAUUUCUCCAGAUACAACGAAUUCAGUAACUCAAGCGGAAAAAAAUGAGUUAUCUACUAGUCCGUUGCAAGACAAAAAAAGAAUGUGA